AUGUCUCGAACGACGCCCCUAGAUCGGGAUUUUCCAAGGAGCCAAACAUCAUCUCCGCUACCGCAGUCCUCGCAGGCGCCAGAAGCCACCUCUGUGACGCCGCCCGUCUCUGUCCCUGUGCGCCCGACAGCGCCCAGAUCGCACAGGUCGCACGCGUACGCCUUCCGCAACCCUCGCUCCGCGGCUCCCAGUCCAGACCGAGACCUGUGCGAGUCAAGGUUACCCGGAACCGCCCUCACAACCCGUCGACGCGAGGCCAGAAGGCGACACCCGCCAGCGUCGAGAGCGCGAGCCCCGAUACCACCGCCCUCGCCGCCGGCAUCACCCCCUAUGGCGCAGGCUCUAGCACCUCGGGACACAUGGGCCCAGGCGAUUCAGGCCCUCGUGCUCGACGCAAUCGGGUCUGAUGAGGGCCUUAGUGUGGGACUACCACAGCCCCUGCACUGGCACUGUCGUUUCAAGAGGAUAUAUGACGUGGGACUCUCUGACAGACGACAUUUCUUCCUGUCCAUGCCUUCGACAUCCAUGGGCCAACUCCUGCGCUGCGAGCAGUGGCUGAUCGACUCCGAGGCCGCCGUGUUGAAGUGGACGAGAGCAGUGAUCGAGAGCAAGGCCAGUGCUGGCACUUGGGAACUACCGCACGGCUCGCCAUCAACAGACACUGUCGACUGGAGAAACCUGCUUGGCUACAUCCCCUCGCUGCUCACCAACUGUUCACACCCGAAUCUUCAUCUCAACGGCACCUGGCCACCCAGCCCGCUGCAUCCGCAGGACUUUCCCUACACCCUCGUAACCCAGCCCGCCGUACCUUCAGUCCCAGCCGCGCACCGCCAGCCAGCCUUGAGCCAGCAGGGCUGGGACCAGAUCGACUUCCAAGUUGGGAGGUUGGCACGGAGCCUCUCGAGGCUGACGUCGCCGAAUGGAAACUUCGGCUUUGUGGUACAGGUGCUCCCAGUCUUCCCGACCCCGCCACGCGUGCUAGACAUGACGCCUUUCCAGCCUCAUCGUACAUGGACGGGGGCUUUCCGCGCCAUGCUUGAGCUGUCCCUCCUGGACGGCCAGGGCAUGGCCAUGCAACUCCCGUACGGUACCAUCCGGGCCGAGGUGGAGAGGCUCGCGCCCGCGCUGGACAAGGUGACCAGGCCCCGGCUGGUCGUGGUCAACGCCGCCAGCCGCGCAAACAUCCUCGUCCCGGCCACGGCCCAGUACCACGAGGCCUCGAGGCCGGAGCCGGUGUACGGAACGCCGAUCACGGGCCGUCCGACAGCUUCCUCCGCGGCCUCAACGGCGACGACGAGCGGGGCGGCGCGACAGCCCGGUCCGCGGCCGCCGUCGAGUUCCCACCUGACGAGUACGGCGGCUACGCCGCCGAUGACGACGAGCACUCCCGCUGGGCCAGGCUGCUGCUCUAUAGCUGCUACCACCACGUCACGGCCGUAG